GUGAGUUUUUUUUCAGGGGAGAGGAAAUCCUAAGGAAAUGUGUGGGAUCACGCUCGGUGUUUCCAAGUAGCCAGGGCAUUAUUGAUAAACGAUUUCACUGUGUAACGUUAGUUUGUGUUGGUGCGAUACAAACACGGGUGCAGCGACCGACAAGUAAGGGGGGGAAGAGGGGAAGCGACCGUCGUUAGGUCAAAAUGUCGAUUCAGUACGAGGUGGAACAGCUGGCUGACAGCUACGGGGUUGCGGACUCGUUCCCCAAAGAUUUCGGCUAUGGUGAAGAGGAGGCCGACAUUGAGGACAGCCCGGCGCCGUCCGACAGCAAACCGAGAAUCCUGCUCAUGGGUUUGAGGAGAAGUGGCAAAUCAUCCAUACAGAAGGUGGUGUUCCACAAAAUGUCUCCCAAUGAGACCUUGUUCCUGGAGAGCACCAACAAGAUCUACAAGGACGACAUCUCCAGCAGCUCCUUUGUCAACUUCCAGAUCUGGGACUUCCCGGGCCAGGUGGACUUCUUCGACCCCACCUUCGACUACGAGAUGAUCUUCAGAGGAACCGGGGCGUUGAUAUUUGUCAUUGAUGCUCAGGACGAUUAUGUGGAGGCCCUGGGCAGGCUUCACCUCACUGUGUCGCGGGCCUACAGGGUCAAUCCAGAGAUCAACUUCGAGGUGUUCAUCCACAAAGUGGACGGCCUCUCAGACGAUCACAAGAUCGAGACCCAGAGAGACAUCCAUCAGAGAGCCAAUGAUGAUCUGGCAGACGCUAGCUUAGAAAAGCUGCAUCUCAGCUUUUACUUGACGAGUAUUUACGACCACUCCAUCUUCGAGGCCUUCAGUAAAGUGGUGCAGAAGCUCAUCCCUCAGCUCCCCACUCUGGAGAACCUCCUAAACAUCUUCAUUUCUAAUUCAGGUAUAGAGAAGGCCUUUCUGUUCGACGUGGUCAGUAAGAUCUACAUCGCCACAGACAGCUCUCCUGUAGACAUGCAGUCCUAUGAACUGUGCUGUGAUAUGAUCGACGUGGUCAUUGACGUCUCCUGCAUCUAUGGUCUGAGGGAGGACGGCAGCGGCAGUGCCUACGACAAGGAGUCCAUGGCCAUCAUCAAGCUCAACAACACCACUGUGCUGUACCUGAAAGAGGUCACCAAGUUCCUGGCCCUUGUCUGCAUCCUGCGAGAAGAAAGCUUUGAGCGCAAAGGAUUAAUAGACUACAACUUCCACUGUUUCCGGAAGGCCAUCCAUGAAGUUUUUGAGGUUGGCGUUUCCACCCAGCGUCCAGCGGGCCCCAAGGCGGUGGGCUCGCCCUGCAGCAAGGCCGUCGCACUGAACGGCACGCCGCGCAACACUGUCUAGACACUGAUGCAAAAUAAAAGACACAAGAGUGUAGAGGAAAGGAAAGAUGGAGAACGGCCUGAGAGCCUGUAGAGGACAGACUACUAAACGCACCGGCGCGCCAAUCACAAUCCCUUGCUCCCAGCACCCAAAGUACUGUGAGACGGCUUGAGCCGCGAGCGUGUGAGACAGCACUGGAGCACAGCGGGGGUCAGGCCUCUCAAGCUGGGACGGAAGGGAAAUUCAGGCAUUCUUUUUAGGCGAAUGCAAGGCACCGUGUUGGCUGUGAGGAGGUCCGAGAGAGUAAAACUGCACCUGGACAGGAAAAAGGUUCAGGAUCUUUCUUUGGAUUUUCCUAAAGCGGUCAAAGGCUGUGAUAAUUAGCUGCUGGUCCCUCUAAAUGAACAAUGUGAGGAGGGAACACAAACCCUCGUUGUAAACCUUCUCGCUUAUGGACGAACUGUGAUGUCAGUUUGCAGGAAUUUCUCUAGUGAUGAACCCACCCCGACCACUUCUGUGCUGAUGAAAAAAAACAAAACAAAAAAAAGAUGGUGGAUGUGAACUGCAAGUCCUAACCCACACAUGUUCAGAGAUGGCCUUAUGUAGAUGAAGCUUGUUGCGGUGCAAGCUUUCUCUCACCACCACUCACCUCACCCUACCUGAAUGCUGCCCAAAACUCGCUUUUUGGUUUCACUUGUGAAGGGAAAACAAGGUUUUGUGUGCAGACUGAAAAGGGAUUGUGCUGUCCAUCUGACUUGGUCUUGUUUAUGUGUGUGUGUGUGUGUGUGUGUGUGUGUGUGUGUAUGCAGGUAUGUGUGUGUGUGUAUAUGCAGGUAUGUGUGUGUGUGUGUGUUUGUAUGAAAGAUUUUGAUUAGAUCCCAGAGUGGGACCUUUACAGAAAGAGUUUAUGUCCUUCUCAAUAACAGCAGCUUAGCAUAAUUAAACUCUUUUCAAUCAGUGAAAGUAACUUUUAUGUGUGUGUUCCACUGAAAAUCACACUUUUGAUCGACUUUAUGAUAGGUUGUAAAAUUAAGUAUGUUGGGAAUUUGUUAAUGGUCUUUGCAAAAGCACUGCCAAAAUAAUUACAUGACUCAGAAACAGUAAAAUAAUGAAAAUACGUCAUGAUUAAAACCUCAUUUGUACCAUUUUAAAAAAAGAAAUGUAUUAGGUUGAGACGCAGGACUGGUGGAGGAGUUCACACUCCACAUUGGCUGACUAAGGCAUUUUGGGAUGAUUAUAUGAACUGGUUGAAACUUGCAUGUUUUUCCACCUAGAGUUUCAGUCCUGCCCAAAAUUAUUAACCCAUGUUUUGUUUUUAGUUUGGCUCUGUUUAAGCAGGAUUCACAAAAGCGAAAUAUACCCAUUCCAAGCAUGCAUACGUCGGUGUGUUGUCAACUUGUAUUGUUCUCAACUAUAACACUGCUCAUUGCAUUCAAAAGGUAAGAAAGUGAAAAUGAAACUAACCAAGACAAACAGAUAAACCAGGAGGGAAAAAAGACCAAAUUUCAUUAUUUACCAUUACAAUGACACACAACAUGUUCAUGCCUGUUUUAUAUCAGGAAUGAGAUGUGGGAACUCUGGCUGCAUCUAAAGACCAGGAGCCUGACUCACGAAGCAGCUGAUGAUUCACAGGUUAUCUUGAUACGUUUGCUGAGUAAAGUGCCUGUAAAACUUGUUUUGGAUUUUACUCAGCAAAGUUUUACUCGGGUAACUUGGUGAACUCGCUUCUUGAGCCAGGCUCGAGAUCUUCUCGACCCAGUCAUUAUAAGUCACCUGAAAAUACACACUUGCACAUCAGAACUGUGAUGGAUGAUUGAUUUCAUGUAUUGUGAUGCUAUACUAUGUGAAAUAAAUGAAAAUUUAAAUUUU